CUCUCCCCAUCUCCAUCUGCAAUCCUCGCUCGCCCACACUCGGCAGCCAUGGCGUCGUCGCGCACCGGAGCCGGAGCCGGCGGCCGUGUGGUGGUCUUCCCGUUCCCAUUCCAGGGCCACUUCAACCCGGUGAUGCGGCUGGCCCGCGCGCUGCACGCCCGGGGCCUCGCGAUUACCGUCUUCCACAGCGGCGCCCUGGACCCGGCCGACUACCCCGCCGACUACCGCUUCGUGCCCGUGACCGUGGAGGCGGACCCGAAGCUGCUGGCGUCCGAGGACAUCGCCGCCAUCGUCACCACGCUGAACGCCAGCUGCGACGCCCCCUUCAGGGCCCGCCUCUCGGCGCUGCUGGCCGCCGAGGGGAGGGACAGCGUCCGGUGCGUCUUCACCGACGUCAGCUGGAACGCCGUGCUGACGGCGUCCAGCGACCUCGGCGUGCCCGCGCUCGGCAUGAUGACGGCCAGCGCCGCCUCGUUACGCGACUACAUGGCGUACCGCACCUUGAUCGACAAGGGCUACCUGCCGGUGAAAGAGGAGCGCAAGGAGGAUCCCGUACCCGAGCUACCCCCGUACCUCGUCAAAGACCUGCUCCGGGUCGACACGUCCGACCUGGAGGAGUUCGCCGAACUGCUGGCCCGCACCGUCACAGCGGCGCGGCGCGCCUCGGGGCUCAUCUUCAACACCUUCCCGCUGAUCGAGACAGACACGCUGGCCGAGAUCCACAAGGCCUUGUCGGUGCCGGUGUUCGCCGUCGCCCCGCUCAACAAGCUGGUGCCGACGGCCACGGCCAGCCUGCACGGGGUGGUGCAGGCGGACCGGGGCUGCCUGCAGUGGCUGGACACGCAGCAGCCGGGCUCCGUGCUGUACGUCAGCUUCGGGAGCAUGGCCGCCAUGGACCCGCACGAGUUCGUGGAGCUCGCGUGGGGGCUCGCCGACAGCAAGCGCCCCUUCGUGUGGGUGGUCAGGCCCAAUCUCAUCCGCGGCUUCGAGUCCGGCGCGCUGCCCGACGGGGUGGAGGACGAGGUGCGCGGCCGUGGCAUCGUCGUCGCCUGGGCGCCGCAGGAGGAGGUGCUCGCGCACCCGGCCGUCGGCGGCUUCCUCACCCACAACGGCUGGAACUCCACCGUCGAGGCCAUCUCGGAGGGCGUGCCCAUGGUCUGCUGCCCGCGGCACGGGGACCAGUUCGGCAACAUGAGGUACGUGUGCGACGUGUGGAAGGUAGGCACGGAGCUCGUGGGGGAACAGCUGGAGAGAGGCCAGGUCAAGGCCGCCAUCGACAGGCUCUUUGGCACCAAGGAAGGGGAGGAGAUCAAGGAGAGGAUGAAGGAAUUCAAGAUCGCUGCGGCCAAAGGCAUCGGCAUCGGCGUCGACGUCGACGAAACUGCGUCGCCCCGCACGGAUUUAACCGAUUUGGUUGAUCUCAUAAAAUCCUUCUGAGCUCAUGACGAUCGAUCUGUUGGGUGAUGCCUACUCUGUCCAUCGUGCUCGACUUGUCUUCCUACUACUGUACCACUGUCUGUGCUCACUUUCACGUUCCUGACGGUGUUGUGUUCUAGUGUAUCAUUGUGCGAUCAGUUCCAUGUUCUUGGCCAUGUUUUAGAAUAAAACAGAAAACUUGUGUUCUUGGUGUACCACUGUGCUCACUUUCAUGUUCUUGACGGCGAGUUGGAAUAAAACAAGACUUGUGUC